UUUGGAGUGACAAAGAAGCCAAACUUGUUAAGGAGUGGAAUAGCUAGCGUGGGUUGUAAUUAAGGUUGUGUAUUUUUCUCCUUUCUUUUGUUUCUUUUUUUUUAUCUUUUUUUUACCCUUUUGAAGUUUUUUGUUUUGGGUUGGAUUGGGUAGUGGGAAAGAUAGCUUUUUUUUUUUUUUUGUGUUAUUAUUAUUAUUAUUAUUUGGUUGAUUUCAUGGGGACAAGAAUUGGGUUUGUGGCUUCAGAGAAGGGAGCAGUAGAAAAAGAGUGCGAUGUUGGGUUGGGUUUGAGGAUGCAAACGACAUCAAACAAAUCAUCAUCAUUCAGUCAUAAGAAGAUUACGACGACGAUGAUGGAUACCCCCCAUCAUCAUCAUCAUCAUCAUCAUCAUCAUAAUCAUGAUGAUAAUAAUGAUGAUGAUGAGCCUACUCUUCUCAGCGCCAGUGGAGGUUUUGGUGAAGAACAUGGUUGUGUAGGUGGUGACGCUUGUAGUGGACCCUUGCUUUCCACUACCACCACCACCAACAACCACCACCAAGCUCAUGUUGUUGCUUCUAUGAGCGAUAUAUACGAUGUUGUCGGUUCCACUGAUUUCAUGCCAUUGCCUUGCUCUGCCGAAACCUUAAUAUCCCACAAUUCCUCUGGAGUUAUGGUGAAUGCAAAUGUGAGAGGAGUUGUGGUGCCCAAUUUCACAGCAGCUCAAAGGCAAGAGCUUGAGAGACAAACCAUGAUUUACAAGUACAUGAUGGCCUCUGUCCCUGUCCCUCCACAAUUACUCAUACCCAUUUCCAAGACCACCCCAAAUUUUCCCCACUUGCACUCUAAUACCCGGUCUAAAGGAUCUUUGGAGUUGGGGGUCCCAAACACCUCGGACCCAGAACCAUGGAGGUGCCGAAGAACAGACGGCAAGAAAUGGAGGUGCUCUAGAAACGUUGUCCCUGACCAAAAAUACUGUGAACGACACUCUCACAAGAGUCGUCCCCGUUCAAGAAAGCCUGUGGAACAACUACAUUCCCACUUCUUCACCACCACCACCACCACCACCACCAACAACAACAACAACAACAACGGCAAUAAUAACACUACUUUGUCGUAUCUAAAAUCCUCUGGCCUCCUAAACCAGAGAGAAAAACACCCAUCUUUAUAUUCCUCCACUUCACAUGACCAAACCAGGGGAUUGGAGUGGUUCAUGAAAGGGGAAGAAGCCAAUUCUUCAAACCAGCAAGGGUCUUUUUUCACAAGGCCACAAAGUGAAAGAGCCUUUGAUUUUUAUAAUAAUAACAACUACCAAAGUUUGCAAUCUCAGGGGCUAAAUGAGCAGUUUAGCUCAUUGAUUGACCCCAAAUUGGUGCCUGGCCAAACAAGGCAUUUCAUUGACGCGUGGUCCACAAACGACAAGGUUCUUCCAUAUUCAUCUCUCAGUUUGUCAAUGCAAGGUGGAAAUAAUGGGACUACUAGUGAAGAUAGUGAGAAUUCCCAGAUGGGUUUUGGGGUUGAAGGAGAUAAUUUGAAGUCUCAAAUAUGGUUGAACAAUACAAUUUCAUGGAAUGGAUCAAUUUCAACUUCACCACAACAACCGCAACCACAACCUGGUGGGCCAUUGGCUGAAGCCUUGUGCCUUGGGAUGGCUGGUUCCGCUAGACCAACAACAACAUCCUCUAGAAGCUCAUCUUGAGAUGGUGAUUAUGAUCAAAAGCUUUCCUUUUUUUGGUCAAUUAAAGAAGUGAGCUCUUGUUAUGUUGCAAAUGAUUGUUGAGGUAGCUUUUGACUUCUUUAGCUGGCAAAGGGAAAGAAAAUUCUGUUGCUCUCUUUUAUUCCUUUUGUUGCUUUAUUUAUUU